AUGGCCCAAACAUCAAAGUGUCUUUUUGUGUUUCUGGAAGGAGUGCUGAUGAAUUAUCAUAAUCCAUCGUCUGCAGAAAGUUUCUUGUUGGAACAAUCCAAGCACAAGGAAAUGGAUCGUAUUUGUAGAUUGGGUGGCACAACACUCAUUCAUACUCGGAAAUUAACCCAUUCCGAUUUCAACAAUAGUUUGAUGAAUACAGACACAGCUUACAUGAUGCAAUUGUUUGAUUAUUAUGAUCCUAUACAGCCCGAAGAUGAUGAGGAAGAGGAGUCUUGGAAAAAACACAACGAACUCCGAUUAGAAAAACAAAGUUUAUUUUGUAAAUACAAGAAAUUGAAAGUUCAAACAUGGACCACCAACGCAAGUGUUUUACAAAUUUUUUGUAACAGAAAGGACAAGGUGAAAUUAGUUAGCGAUCUAUUCAGCAGCGAUCAAGAGGACGCAUUAGUGGAGAAUGCUGCUUCAGCCAUGUUAGAAAAUGACAUUUUGUUAUUGCAUGAUAAUGUAUCGAAAUUGGAAACAUCUCAAAAAGUGCUAAGAAUCGAACAUGCGGAUCAAUUGAUCAAGAAAAUUACAGAAAAAUUUUCACAGAUGCAACAAACAACACCUGCCUUGAAGGUCUAUCAUGUGCUACUUUUUAGCUGCCCAUUUAAUGAGACCAUGACCUCGCAGCAUACAAAAUCUCUUUUCAAACCAUUACAAAGUUAUCAACAAAAGAAUGGACAAAAUAUUUCACACCUCGUUUUUGAUGAGCCAUCGAUGAUUUGCGUCCAAUAUUGUGAAGAAGAAACCAGAAGAGACAACAAUGAACAUCUCACAGAAAAAUCAUGCUUGGAAAAUGCUGGAAAUUCAUCCAUACUUGUUGAUUUUAUACUAGCUGAAGUAGCUUAUAAGUUACGAAAGAGUCCAAAAUAUGGAGCAUAA